AUGCCAAUCGGCUGGGACGAUUCAAGCUGCAUCAAGCCAGUUAGCAAGAAGGUGAUCGACCGUGUCGAGUCUUCGAGGAGUAUGAGCCUCGCUGGAAAGAUUUUCUACGCUCCGAGGGCUGGUAAAUGCAAGAGUGUCACAUGUGCAAGUGACUCGUCGAAAUUGCAGAAGCAGCUGAAGUGCAACUGCAAUCCAAAAACUGCCGUCUGUGCCUGGAACAAAUCGCUCGAGUGCUAA